GUGCAGCGAGUUCUACGUUGAACAUGCCAGACUUGGUUGUCCUGCGUAGUGGCUGUUAACGCAUAGACACCCAAUAUCGCGUUGCCGGUGGUCUGGCUUUGUCGUGCGUACUCCGUUUAUCGGUAUUUAGCUCCUUUUACUCUAGUUCCUAUGUCAAGAACCCGGGACAGAAACCUUUAUAAUAAACUCCUAGGCAGAGCGGUAAGGCCGGGGACUUUAAUAACAACACUGUUUGUGUAACCUCGAGUACAGCCUAACAUUCAUGUCAUCGAGCCACAAACAAAUCUUCUCUUAUCUUAUCUUCAUCCUAAAUUGCCAGCGGUCGCUCAGAUGCUUCUGGUAGUGCUAGACGAAAUGCGAUCAUAUAAUUAACUUUACAUGCAAGCCAGAAGACCAUCUUGGAUAGGGGAUCUGAUAUCUCGCUCAUCAGAGGUUCUUGAUGACAUUACAACUCGACGUCCACGGACGUUAUCAACCAAUAGGCUUUGCCGACAAGCCUUGUACGCCUACGAACCGGCAACACUUCCCAGAGCAACUGUCACAGGCUAAUUACUUACAGCGGCACUGAAUCGGAAUCUAUCUAGCGAUCUCACCCCGAAGAACAGCUUUGCACUUCUUAUAAGCUUAGACCUUUGGAAAUCGCUCGGGCGCAACGUGUAACAUUGUCGCAUCUGCGCGCCUUAGAUCUCGCACAUAAUGUUACAAGGCGGACCGGGACUAAGUAUUCCCGCGUUAGUAUCGCACUGCUAUGAGGACCAAAGCUGCAUGAAUAAUGCACCGCCACGUUCACAGUAUUGUCCUCCACCAUCUCAAAACAGCUUCCACUCCGGUCGCACUCUGCAAGACAUGAUGUAUCCUACCGAUAUGCCGAGUUUUCCGGGUUUUAUGACGGACCCACGAGGCAGCCAGCCUCUUCAGUCCUCAUGGAACCCACCGCCGUGGCCUCGUCAGAAUGUGCCGUUUCUCGCCCAUCCUCACCCAGGUGACCCCUAUCAGUACGGGUACAGCGAAAUGAACGAUUUCUCGGACGACUCUGGAUCCUAUGUGCAAAAACGCAAACGAGCUCGGACAGCUUUCUCUGCAGAACAACUAAAAAAGCUUGAAAAACGCUUCCAAGCAAAUCACUAUAUCGUCGGAGAAGAGAGACAAAAGAUCGCCAAAGAUCUCGAUCUCUCGGAAGCGCAAGUAAAAGUCUGGUUUCAAAAUCGAAGGACUAAAUUCAAAAGGGACCAAGAACUAGAACGACUAGGGCGGAAAAAGAAGAGAAAGGGGGAACACCAUAUUCGCAAGUGGCAAAUAACAACGCGACAUUUUGGACCCGAAACUAAUGAACUCUUCCCAGAUGAGGACGCAGAUGACUCACUGGAGAAAUCUUUAUAAUGAGUAUCGCCGUCCCAUCUUAAGACAUGUGCAUAAAUAUGUAUAAUAUAGAUAAGAGUUCUACUUAAAUAGCUAUAAUGAAAACAUCAGACCGGGAAAUUACAAGCAGAAGUUUCCGAUCAGGUAACGAAGCGCGCGCGACUAACAGAAAAAAAAAAUGAAUUAUACCUUUAAGAUAAAAUGGAAAACAUAUUUAAUUGAGAUAAGCAGUGGUUAGUGUGCCAGAGUAAGUUAUAACUUGGUCUUUGUAGGCGAGACGAUUGUUAUUUUUUCCGGUAUAAAAAGAGUUUUAUACAGUAGAUUGCAAAGCAUAUUCAGAACGAGGUUCCUCCCUUUUCAAUAUUGGUUACGAUAUAAGCAGUUCCGAGUUCUCUAACGAACCGAACUUUUCGAAAUGCUUUUAGUAUUGGACUCUCUACGGCCUGGUAUCUGGGUGCGUAGGAAUAAACCUGUUGUCUAAAAAACACUUUUGUCAAAGCUCGCGUGCUUAUUGUACAUAUCAUUUCCAGAAAUCACAGGGCUCUGACGUUUCUUCUGUUAGGUUAUUAAUUUGUCUGAUAUUGUAAAUGAUAUUUAAACUUAAUAUAUUAAAGUUGUCUUAAAAACGAGGUUUCAUUGUUUUUUGGAGAGCAUAAAAUGCAUUAAGUGACUUUCUAUGAGAUUUAACGCGCAAGAGAGACAAAUCUCAUUUCGGAUAAAAAAAAAACUUUAUUAUUUUAUGUGAUAACAGUUAUUUACUAUUGGGGUGAUAGUAGUAAGGUAAAAUAAACAGUCUGUUUAGAUUUUGUCUCAUUCUUCGACUUUUGCGUGUGGUUUGCUUCGAAAAUCUUCCACGCACAGAAAUAGAUGGUAUUUUCGUCUGUGCGUAUCGCUUACGUUUCACCGGAUAUUAAAGAUAAGAGUUCAGGGAAAGUAGACAAGUCAAACAAGUCUUCACGCGCGCAAGAGAUUGUUGUAAAACAGAUUAGUUUGUUGUGUUAGUUGUCAUGUUUAUUAAGAUAGAGACUACUUUAUUAAACGAAGCAUUUAA